AACAAUUAUGUGUCGUGCCCUGUGACUCUCAGCGUUGGCGUUUUUAUAUUUUAUUUAUCGUUAAAUUGCAUUCCACAAUUUGGAAUUUUAAAACUUUAAAGUUAGAUCAACUAUUUUUUUGGGAACUCAACUAUCUAGUUACGCUUCAUAUAUUUGGUUAUCACAUUUGCAAUGUCUUCACCUAGUGCUGGUAAACGUCGUAUGGACACAGAUGUUAUAAAGCUCAUUGAAAGUAAACAUGAAGUGACUCUUUUAAAUGGUCUUAAUGAGUUUUGUGUAAAAUUGUAUGGUCCACGUGGUACCCCAUAUGAAGGAGGUUUAUGGAAAGUCCGAGUUCAUUUACCUGAACAUUAUCCAUUCAAAUCUCCUUCUAUUGGAUUCAUUAAUAAGAUCUAUCAUCCAAAUAUUGAUGAAGUAUCUGGAACUGUUUGUCUAGAUGUCAUUAACCAAGCUUGGACUGCUUUAUACGAUUUACUGAAUAUUUUUGAAUCAUUUUUACCUCAGUUGCUUGCAUAUCCAAAUCCAAUUGAUCCUCUCAAUGGUGAUGCUGCAGCUUUAUAUUUGCACAAACCAGAACAGUAUAAAAAACGAGUAGAAGAAUAUGUAAAGAAAUAUGCAACUGAAGAUGCACUCAAAGAUGAUGGAAAUGCUGGUUCAGAUAGUGAUGAAUCUUCAAUGUCAGAGUUCAGUGAAAGUGAAGCCCAAGAUAUGGAACUAUAGCCAUCAUUUCUAUAAAAAAAAAAAAUGUAUAUAUAUUUAUAUAUAUAUAUAUAUAUAUAUCUUUAUAUUAAUUAUUAUGUAUCCAGUUUUUUCAUUUGUUUUCUUUAAAUUACUUAAAUUUUAGUUAAUAUUAGUUGGUUAUUAAUAGAUUUCUUUUUAUGUUGACCACAUAUUCACAAUAUUUGGAGAGUUAAUUUUGUAGAUACUUUAUUUUUAAGGACAAGCAAAUUAAUUUGUGAUAUUGUAAAAAAAAAAAAAUAAUUAUAAUACAUUAAACUCUUACCUAUUAUUGCUAAAUAGAUUAAUUUUUCAUAAAAUUCAAUUAUAUAAUUUAUAACUAUCAGUACUAUUUUUAGAAGUUGAUAAUUAUAAAUAUUCUUUAAGUUACAAAAUAUUUCUAAAAAUGAUUAAAUUUCUAAAUAUUUACAUUAAAAAUAUUGUAAUAGAACUAAUACUUAAUAUUUUAAUUUUAUUAUUGAUUAUUAAUCAUAAAAAUAAUUUGUCUAUAUUACCAAUUCAGUCAGUUGUAGAAAAAAAUCAAACAAAAUAUAUACCUGUCUUAAGAAGUCUAGUGUAAAAAUGUAUAAUUGUCAAUAUUAUAAAAAUAUAUGGGUCAAAAGUGCAUGUUAAUACAAUAUAUUAAAUUUUUAAUUAAAAAAAAAUUUGUGCCAGAAUGGUGAUAGUAUACCAUUUAGUUCUAAGAUUCUGGAAUUAAAAUUAAAUUUUAAUUAAAAAUUACAUUAACUUGUAGUUAAUGAAAUUUAAUAUAUGUAUUUUUAACUUUUUUCGACCAAUAAAUUAAUAUAUUUUUCUGUUAUGGAGAAUAGUUGAAUAAUUGUUGGUUGUAUUGAUUAAUCUUAAGUCAGAACUUAUAUUUUUUGUGUUAUUGUGUUUCAACAUUUUUCACCUUUUUUUUU